AAGUAUGAACAGGUAUAAAAAGAGAGAAAGUCGAUGAAUAUGUCUCAGUCAUUGGCAGUAACCAAGACAGACAAAUCAGUCAGGCUGCAUUAUUGAACAGAACAAUGAAGUUGUUGGUCUUGGCUUUAACCAUCGCCCUGCUGUUUACAGCUGGUGAAGCCCUGAACUGCCACCGCUGUGUCUCCAAAAAGGCCGGAGGCACCUGUGAGCUCAGUGUGGAGACGUGUAAACCAGGGAAGGAUGGCUGCGCUGCUGCCAGGUUCCUCAGAGAACCAUAUGGCCAGUACCAGAAAUGCAUGGCUCUGUCAGACUGCGAGAUGCUGAAGACGAAUGCCUACAUCAACAUGAAGUGUUGUAGCGAUGACAUGUGCAACACCUUUUAACAUUCAAUAUAAAAAUCAAAGAACAUUACAAUCUGUUGGAGUAUGUGUACGUCUGUGCGAGGAAUUCAUCCCCCAGUGACUUCUGCAGGCUGCGAGCUGCUGUAGGCAUCUCCCUGGUGUGAGUGCAUGUACAAAUUCAAAGCAUUUACAUUUAAAAAAUGAAAUAAACACUGUAAACAUCUUA